CUCUGAUUGAAUGGGCUUACAGUUCGAAACAAUAACCCGCCGUCCUGCCGUCCUUCCUAGCCUGCCCUUCUGUCACACCACCCAUGUGGCCCAGACGCCCCCUUCUGCCACAUUUGCAGCAUUGAGAGUGAGUGGAAUGAGGGUUUCUGUGGCAAUAGCUUCUAUCAUUAGAGUCGCCUUGCGUUAGCUGCCAACUUCCGCCAUGAGUGUACCGCUGUUUCUGCGCUCGGCGCUGUUGCCAUGCCGAGCAGUUCCUGGAGCCUAUCCACGGGACUCCCGCUCUAUUGUCAAGACCACUCUGCAAGUGCGAUGCGUUCCAUUGUUAGCCACCAGAUACAACGGCUUUGGACAGCUGCCACUUCCGACGUCGUCUCGCAGAAGAUACGCUACUGCUGCAUCCGCAUCGCCGUCCGUCCCAGUCGUACCUUACUCCGCCCUGACCGUUGGUGUACCUCGUGAAACAUACCCGAACGAACGUCGUGUUGCCGUGACCCCUCAGAAUGUCUCCCUGUUGCUCAAAAAAGGAUUCUCGCGUGUGUUGGUAGAACGCGGCGCUGGAGAGGAAGCCAAGCUACACGAUCAAGUAUACGAACAAGCUGGAGCAACACUAGUCGAUCGGGGUUCAAUAUGGUCUCAGAGCGACAUCAUUUUGAAGGUCCGUAGUCCUCAGCAGCAAGGUCCCAUCGACGAAAUCGGAGCACUGCGCCAGGGAAGCACGGUUAUUUCGUUCCUGUAUCCGGCCCAGAACAAGCCACUGGUCGAGAAACUUGCUUCGCGUGGCGUCACGUCUUUUGCCAUGGACAUGAUACCAAGAAUAUCUCGCGCACAAACAUACGACGCUCUUAGUUCCAUGGCCAACAUUGCUGGGUAUAAAGCUGUCUUGGAAGCGUCCAAUCAUUUUGGCCGGUUCCUGACGGGCCAAAUCUCCCCAGGCAAGGUUUUGGUUAUUGGCGCUGGCGUGGCUGGUUUGAGCGCAAUCGCAUCUGCUCGUCGCUUGGGAGCUAUUGUUAGAGGCUUCGAUACCCGUUCUGCUGCUCGUGAACAAGUCCAGUCCCUUGGUGCCGAGUUCAUAGAGGUAGACAUCCAAGAGGAAGGAUCAGGCCAAGGUGGAUAUGCCAAAGAGAUGUCGAAGGAAUUCAUUGAAGCGGAGAUGAAGCUUUUCAUGGAACAAGCUCGGGAAGUAGAUAUCAUUAUCACGACUGCUCUCAUCCCUGGAAAGCCUGCACCUAAGCUCAUUACGAAAGAGAUGGUUGCUGCAAUGAAACCUGGAUCUGUCAUCGUCGAUCUUGCCGCGGAAGCAGGCGGGAACUGCGAAGCAACAGUUCCUGGCGAAUUGACUAAAUUUCAAGACGUGACUGUUAUUGGAUAUACUGACUUGCCGUCGCGUCUCCCAACUCAAUCAUCUACAUUGUAUUCCAACAACAUUAUCAAAUACCUGUUGUCCAUGUCCCCUCAAGAAAAGUCCUUUGGCAUUGAUCUAGCGGACGAGGUCGUUCGUGGGUCUAUCGUUACACACGAUGGAAAGAUCAUACCGCCAGCCCCACGGCCAGUACCACCUCCCGCACCUAAGCAAGAGAUCCCCGCGCCUGCCAAAGAAAAAGCAGAACUGGCAAUUUCGCCUUGGCAGAAGGCUACGCGCGAUGUUACUGCCACUACCGCUGGUAUGGGGACUGCUCUUGCGCUGGGCAAGGCUACAGGACCGGUGUUCAUGAGCAACAUGUUGACGUUUGGUCUUGCUGGUCUGGUCGGCUAUCGUGCAGUGUGGGGUGUUGCGCCGGCUCUUCAUUCCCCCCUAAUGAGCGUUACAAAUGCGAUAUCUGGUAUGGUCGGAAUUGGCGGUUUCUUCAUUAUGGGCGGAGGCUACGUGCCCAGCACGAUACCCGAAGCCCUAGGUGCUGCUUCAGUUCUACUGGCAUUCAUGAAUGUAUCAGGUGGAUUCGUUAUCACCAAACGCAUGUUGGAUAUGUUCAAGCGUCCGACUGAUCCGCCUGAAUACCCUUGGCUUUACGCUAUUCCAGCUGUGCUGUUUGGUGGGGGCUUCCUUGCUGCUGCCAGCACUGGAAUGGCGGGGCUUGUGCAAGCCGGUUAUCUUGUCAGCAGUGUUCUCUGUAUUGCCUCGAUCUCGGGUCUUGCUUCUCAGCAAACCGCUAGGCGUGGGAAUAUCCUUGGAAUACUCGGAGUCGCAGCUGGAAUCAUUGCUUCUUUGGCAGCUGUAGGGUUCUCGCCCGAAGUGUUAACCCAAUUUGGCGCGGUGGCUGGCCUAGGUUCUGUCGCUGGAGCUCUCAUAGGACGACGAAUCACACCAACUGGGCUUCCCCAGACCGUUGCUGCUCUCCAUUCUGUGGUUGGGCUCGCGGCUGUCCUUACAAGCAUAGGGAGCGUAGUGGCUGACAUUUCUCACGUAUCCACAUUGCACAUGGUGACGGCGUAUCUGGGCGUUCUGAUCGGUGGUGUUACCUUUACUGGUUCUAUUGUGGCUUUCCUGAAGCUCGCCGGACGUAUGUCUUCGCGACCUAUGAUACUACCUGGUAGACACUUGAUCAACACGAGUCUGCUUGGAAGUAAUGUGGCCACAAUGGGAGCCUUUGUUACAAUGGCACCUGGAUCCCCAGCGAUUGCAGCGACGUGCUUAGGCGCAAAUACCCUGCUUAGUUUCUUGAAAGGUUAUACUACGACCGCUGCCAUUGGUGGGGCUGAUAUGCCGGUGGUGAUUACCGUUUUGAAUGCAUACUCUGGAUUUGCUCUGGUUGCUGAAGGCUUCAUGCUCAAUAACCCCCUCCUCACCAGUGUAGGCUCUUUGAUUGGAGUUAGCGGUUCGAUUUUGUCCUACAUUAUGUGCGUCGCUAUGAACCGCUCGCUUACCAAUGUCUUGUUUGGCGGCAUUGCAGCUCCUCAGCAAGCAAAGAAGAUCGAAGGCGAGGUAGUCCAGGCAACUGUCGACGAUACGGUGGAAGCAUUGUCAAAUGCAGAAAGCGUCAUAAUUGUUGUUGGAUACGGCAUGGCUGUAGCGAAGGCGCAGUAUGCCCUGGCUGAGAUCGUGCGUAUGCUACGUACCAGAGGUGUUACUGUGCGAUUCGCCAUCCAUCCUGUUGCAGGCAGGAUGCCAGGUCAAUGCAAUGUGCUUCUGGCGGAGGCGUCGGUUCCUUACGAUAUCGUGCUCGAAAUGGAUGAGAUAAACGAUGACUUCCCGGACACUGACGUUACCCUUGUCAUCGGCGCUAAUGACACGGUCAAUCCAAUCGCCCUGGAGCCUGACUCGCCGAUCUCGGGUAUGCCAGUACUGCAUGCGUGGAAGAGCAAGGAGGUUGUUGUGAUGAAGCGCAGCAUGUCCAGCGGAUACGCCGACGUACCAAACCCGAUGUUCUUCAUGCCUGGAACGAGGAUGCUUUUUGGAGACGCCAAGACCUCUUGCGAUGCUAUCAAAUCUGCUCUCGAGGCGCGUAAAUAGUUGCUACUAGUUUCUUGAAUUAUUCGUUCAUGACCUUUGAUGUUGGAUGAGCGUUGGAUGAUUUGGGAUGAUUCUAGUUACAUUCAAGUCCAUAGUACAUUUGACAUGAGCAAAUACAAG